UAGCGUUGUUCUCUCAGGAUUUACCCAUCCAGCAUUACCCAGGCAUGUCUGCGGAAGAGCUUGCACCCUCCGUGGUCUCCUGCAACCUGGAGCUUCCCAACUGUAUUAACCGGAUAAUGAAAAACAAAGAAGAAAAUGUCAAAUUGGAGAAAACAGUGAACCGGAUAUUAGAGGGAAGCUCUGGAGAUGAAUCCGAGGAAGUGGAACCUGACCCUCCACCGGUAGCCGUACGAAGAAAGGUGUCAUUUGCGGAUGCCUUUGGUCUGGACCUGGUUUCUGUGAAGGAGUAUGACAACCGGGAUUCAUCAGUGCUGGAGGCAAAUAGUAGAGAAGCUGAGGAAUUCUACAUUUCUUGCCUCUUUAAUAUCCUAGCAUUGCACCAGGAGAUGGAAGUGAGACUUCAGCAGCAGAAGCUGGAGCUGGAGCGCAUUGAGCUGUUCCCUGGAUCCACAACAAUCCGCGGCAUCAUCCGCGUUCUUAACCUCUGCUUCCACAAGGCCGUCUACGUCCGUGUCACUCUGGACGGCUGGCAGAGCCACUUCGACCUGCUGGCUGAGUACAUGCCUGGGUCCAGCGAUGGCGAGACGGACCGUUUCUCUUUUCAGCUCGUGUUGAUGCCUCCGUUCCAGGUCGAAGGGUUGCGGGUAGAGUUCUGUCUGCGGUAUGAAAGCAAUGUUGGAAUCUUCUGGGCCAACAAUGGAGGGACGAACUACAUUGUCUUCUGCCACCAAAGACGAAGGAGCGAUCUGAAAGAGAAAGAGAGUGAAAAGGAGAAGUCUGUAGAGGAGAGUAACCAAAAAGGUAUCAGGAGCUGCCUUAAAACAAUCAGUAAAAAGACCUACUGGGAGGCGACACCUGCAGAAACGAGCGGUGAGGUCUCAGAACAAGUCACACCCAAGGCCAGGCAUACUGAGGAGAACAUAACAGAAAAAGAAGUAGGAAUAAAUUCCUGCAAAUCCCUUAAAGACUGCUGCAAAACUCUGGUGGAUCGGCGUAGGAAACGUCAAGCUGCUCGUUUGGCACACGUGCAGGACUACUUCACUCAGAAAGCAAUGGAAACCCAGAUGGGUUAUAAUUCAAACACAAACACAAGUACCACAUCCAACCCAAGGCUGAGUAUACCAAGUAGAACCCAUUUGCCUGUUGUCCACGACCAACAAGGAUAUGGCAAUGACACGCCACCAAUACUAAUGUACCACCAGAUCCCUCUGCUUUCUCUGGAUUGGGGCAGUACCACAACAACACCUCCCCAAGCAAACCCUCCAGAUGCCUACAGUGAAACAAGUCAUCAGGAAGAAGAUCACCUAGCCAUGUUGUCUUCCAAGGCCUUGGAAGCUUCUCUUAAUGGCACUGAUACACAGGACCAAGUAUGUGUCCGUCCAGAAUCAGAAGUUGUAGCUUUAAGGGACAAAGUCGUAGUACCGACGGAGGAAAAGGGAGCUGAGAAAGACCACAGUCAAGAGUCCGCUGACAGGAAAGCAAUGGAAACCAUAAAACCUGAUCCUGUAGUAAAGCAAUCAAAGGAUCUGAGCAUGAGUCCUUCUAGAGAUCAGGUUUUGGAUUACCAACUAGUGAAAGAGCCAAGGGUCACUACCCUACCAUGUUCUGCCCAGGGAUCUGAGCCAAAGAGGGAGGUAAGUGAUUUAGAAACAUAUCGUGACCACCAAGCCCCACAUCAUGAGCACACAAGCGGAUCUUUGAGUCAAGACACGACCAAAGCAAGCCCUGGGGACGAAACUCGAACCACGCAUAUUACUAAGACUCAGAAUUCAGAAGCCGGAGAUGGAAUCUCACCUGAAGAAUGCAUGGGCAGCUCCGAAACCUCAAAGGUUAAAGAAAACACACACAAAGCGGUCAGAGACACCCUGACAUUUACGGCGAGCAGGGACAUGCCGCUCACAAAUAGACAAGCCAAGGGAUCUUCUUCAGACAGGAUGGAUAUAAAUAAAGACGCCAGCGAGGAGCAAGUGGAAAUGAGGGCAUUUUGUAGAGAACUACAUGAAGAGGACAUGGAAAGCAGUAGAAAAGGACAAGAUGAGACAACUACGGAUCACAGCGCAGAAAUACAGAGCGUUUCAUCUUGCGAGAGGGAACCAUUUAAUAAGAACGAAUUAUGCAGGUCGAACAAGAUUUUUAACAAAGACUGUUCAGAGCUACUGAAAAACGAAGAGAGACGUUUUGAGGCAAACACAGGACUUCAAAUGAAGGAGCGACUGAAUGAGACGCCUGUAGGACCUGCUAGUGCUGAAGAGCUUGUAGAGGACUCCCAAGCAGUGCAUGACAACUGCACAGAUGGAGAAGAGAAAGAGUUUGAGAGUCAUGCUACCAAAUUUGUACCCACCCACUUACCUACCUAUCCAACAGUUAGCAUUCACCCAUCCAGGCACCUCCUUCAAACAACAGCUGCAAGGGAAAGAGAGGUCACUUUCGCAGAGGAGGACUUUGAGCUUGGGAAGACCCUCAGAAACGAUCAAGAACCCCAGCGACUGGAUGGAGAGGAUGAACUCUCCCCGCCGUUACCCAGCAUUCACCUGCCCUGGGUGGAUGGCAACAGCAGUAGGCUGUUUUCAUGGUGGAGGGAGUUCUGCUCGCUUGGUCACAUGGCCAAGGCUCUUGUGUGUGCUACUCUGUUUGUGAUCUUUAUAAUGGCGUAUCUAUAUGACCUGCCGACCUGCAUGGCCCUCUAUCUGUUUUCUCUGUGCUGGUGGUGUAGCCAGGGCAUGAAGCCAUCCCAGGGAACACAUGUUAGGAAAAAUUGUUAGCCUGAAUGCACUGUAAGUCACUAAAUGCAUAAAUAAAUAAAUAUAUAAAGCAGCGUCUGGACGGAGCUUUCAAUGUGGACUGAGACCAGACAGAAAGCUCUUAUCAAAUGUAUGACUCUGAAAUGAAAAGUGACACAAAGUGAUUCUACAGGCCCAAAAUCACUUGACAAUAUGAGAUUUAGGUGGCAUUUCAGUUUAAUUUUUUUCUUUCUCCUCACUUGUGUUCCCAUUAAAAGUCCCAUUUAAAACAGGAAACUUUUAAUCUAAUCCUAAAUUCAAACUGCUAGAAUAGUGGAGAUGUGCUAAUCUAGUUUUGUGAUAUAAUUAAAUUACAGAAACACUCACACAGAUACUAAUUUCUUUCAUUUUUGAGCAUUUACUUCUACCUUUUUACAAGUUUUUUAAUAAAAAAAAAAUUUUCGGCCUUGUUUUCCAGUAAAAAUUCUGAAAAGUAUGACAAAAUUACUACAUGAGCAACAGUGCAUAAGAUAUGAAGACUUAUUCUGAUUUUAUUACUGUGAUUGUUGUGCUAUUUGUUGCCCAAAUUCAAAUUGAUUGUAAAAACUUAACAUAUUUAUCAUAUAGUUUUCUCCUAUUUUUGGUUUAGUAAGGGAGAGGGGGAAGUUGCCUGUUCAUUUAUUUGUUUCUUUUAGGCAGGUAAGUUAGAUUUUCCCAAACUUUUGACUGGUACUGUACCUUUAUGUAAUGUUUCGCUGGAUUCAUACAAAGGCAUAUUGAAUGCAUUAUUUAGCCUUUGAGGACACAGCUGCAUUUCACAUCUCUUUGGAAAUGUGUGUGAUGGACGUGACAUGUCCUGCAAAUCCCACCAUGUCUCUGUCCCUAAAAGAAAUACAACACUGUUUACUGAA